UUACAAAUAUCUUCUCUAGCAUGUCCAUAGAAAAUGGCUUGUUCAUGGACAAAGAGGCCUAUGAUCAGUUGAAAUCCAAGCUAGAAAAAGAACUGUUCAUUUUCCAAUGGCUAACCACUCUCGAAAAGACCGUUCGUGACUUCCCAAAGGCAGAGUUUAAGCAGUUCCAAUCGAAGCUCACUCUCGAACUCCAAGAACUAUUAAAAUCUGACCAUGGGCCACCUGUACGACGUCUACUCGGAAAUGCGUUCGUGGCAGUUUACUCUGUGGGGGACACUUAUUCAAUGUACGAUACUAUCACAGUAUGUCUUGACCUAAUCAAGGGAAAGGCAGAUAACACUACAAUGUUAGGCUGUAUCGAAAUACUGGGACAUUUGUACGAGAAGCUGGGAAGGAGUGCUGGAGGAGUGUUCCCGGAUGCUCUGCAAGCUCUCGUUAAAUCUAUCAAGUCUUCUGACGCUAGCAUCAGAAAAUCCUCUAUUUACUCCAUGGAGCAGAUGAUAAUUGGACUGGAGACGUCAGCUUCGUAUGGUUACAAAGACCUGUCGAAAGCUUUCCGGAGCAGUAUGACCGAUAAAUCUGUAAAUGUGAAAUGUAAGGCUGCUCAGGGUCUCAGAGCCUUAACUCUUUUCUACAACGUAGCUUGCACCAGCGACUUAGACAGCAACAUUGCUAUGUGUCUUAAAGUUUUAGAAGGGGCCAACUACGACUGUCGCAUUGCCACUGCCCAACUUAUCGGCACACUUCUCUCUAAAGCCUUGCAGUUUAAACCUCCUGAGGGCUCCAAGGUAAAGAGCUACUCAACUGACGAAGUUUUCACUUUCCUGUCCAUGUCCUUUCUGCACGGUUCCAUCUCCAUUCUUAAGACGUCAGGAGUUGAUCUUGGGAAGAGUGUCACACCACGUGAGGUCAGAGUUGGGAUAACAGAAGCGUACACGUUCUUUUUCAAGGAGAUGAACAACCCGUGGGUUGUCAACAACCUUAACUACAUAGUUUCUCACUUGCUUGAUCUCUUAUCCAACUCUAAAGCUACUCCAUCCCACGUUGAAGCAGUGUACUCAAGGAAAUGUAUCUCAUUCGUAAUGGACUCCCUGAUAAACUCGCUUCUGGGUGAAGCCUCCCAGCUGGAGAUUGCUAAGAUCUUGAUAAUUGCAGUCCAUAAACAGAUGGAAAACCUCAACAAAUCUGACAGUUCUCUGAGUGACGCCCAGUCAUCUCAACACAUCAUCUCCACCGCUCUCUACCAGCUCUCCUCUGUUGUCCUGCGGCUGGGAACUGCCAGCAUGACUCUGAUAACAGAUCACAUUCCUGUCGCUCAGGGGAAGAGUAUUAUGUUCACUGAGACGGUGUUUGAGGUGCUGCUACAUCCCUCUCCAGCCGCCCGACUUACUGCUGCCUGGUGUUUGAGGUGCACUGCUAGUGCUGUUCCUGCUCAACUCACCGCAUUGGUCGAUAUCUGCACUGAUAAACUGGAAAAGUUGAAGACAUCACCAGAGGCCUUGUUUGGGUUCUCCCACUCGCUGGCUGCCCUGAUAGGCUGUGUUGGUGGCUGUCCUCUUGGUAUGCCACAUUCAAGAAGCAGACAGGUGAUGGUGAUAGCGGAGGACAUGUUGCGGACCUCGUCUCAGAACACCCGCCUCUCUUUGCCCCGAACCCAGUGUGGGUGGCUGCUCCUCGGAGCUCUCAUGACGCUCGGCUCUCCAGUUGUAAAGAGCAAUCUCUCCCGACUCAUGCUGAUCUGGAAGAAUGCUUUUCCUAGGAGCACCAAGGAGCUGGAGAGUGAGACCGAGAGGGGUGACCUUUUCACUUGGCAGGUGACGUUGGAGGGAUACUCAGGAGCACUGAUGAGCAUGUUCAGUUUUCUGGUACACUGUCAAGACCUCUGUUCUGAGGAUAUUCUCCGAAGACUGGCUGGGAUCAGUGAGGUGGCGGUCAACGUUCUCAGUCACCUUCCCACUAUUAUUAAACAACAUGGCGCACAACUAAAAGCUGCUACUGCCAUGGUUAGAUUACGUCUGUACUCCUGUCUGCUGAAGAUACCCCCUAAGCAGUACGACGGUGCUUUCGCGAACCUUCUCCGACAGCUAGUAUCUGAACUGGUUCUGAACGACCAGACAUGCACAAUGACGUCUCUACUCCGCAAGCAAUGCCACCGAGGAGACAGCAUCAUCCUGGGAAUCUGGCUUAAAGACAACGACCAUCAGACAGUGGAAGAGCAACUGCAGCCGAACAGCGCGGCAGGAUCCGGCGCUGUGGAGCACGAUAGCUCGUGCGUGUUCAUGGAGAAGGACUCAAGUAACUGGCCCCUGCCUCUGGGGGUGAUGGUGGUGGAUAGCGCGGUUAGACUGUUCGGGAAAGUGUUCCCGUCCCUUGGAGACAAACACAAGCUUCAGUUGCUGUCCCACUUCAACGAUACUAUCAAAAAUGCUAAAGGUAGUCGCCAGCUAGCAGUGCAAGUCAACAUUUUCACAGCAUAUUUGGCUGCCCUGAAGUACACGUCCGAAAACAAGAUGAAACUUGGUAAUCAGGAUGUCAUCUCCCAGGCUAAUCAGCUAGCCGAAGUAGCAUUAACUAAUCCCGAUCCUAUACUGAGAUGUGCCGCUGGAGAAGCUUUGGGUAGGAUGGCUCAGGUUAUCGGCGAUCCUAAAUUUAUCUCAACGAUGGCUCAGAAAGCGUUUGAGAGUUUGAAGUCAUCACGUGACGCCCACUCUAGAACAGGGAACUGUCUAGCUCUGGGAUGUCUCCACAGAUAUGUGGGCAGUAUGGGAUCAGGACAACACUUCAAGAACAGUGUAGCUGUCUUACAUGCUCUCGCUAGAGACACUGUCACUCAGGUUCAAGUUUGGGCUCUACACGGACUGUCCCUGAUCGCAGAUACGGGAGGCCCCAUGUUCCGGGGGUACGUGACCUCCACACUGGACCUGGUCGGAGAGCUUCUCCUGACGGAGAGUCUGGACAAGGUGGAGGUUCACCAGUGUCUGGGUAAUCUCCUCACUGCUCUUAUCACCUCUCUCGGACCUGACCUCCAGAUGGAGAGUAAGAGUAUAGCUCAUGGUAGGAAUGUUUGUCUAGUGGGAUGUGCAGCUAUGCAGAUACACCCGGACCCUCUAGUGCAAUGCACUGCUAUUCAGUGUCUUCAGCAACUCCACCUCUUCGCUCCAAGGCACGUAAACAUGAAAGCGCUAGUGGUGUAUCUCUGCAACUCCCUCUUCUCAAAACACCUGCUACUGAGGAGGGAAUGUAUUGCUUGUCUGAGACAACUCGCUCAACGUCACCCUCACGAGCUGGCUGAUCACCACGUAAAAGAAGACCGGUAUCUAGCCUCAGUGGUGAUGGAGAUGCUGGACCUGGAACAGGAUGCGAUCCUGUGCGACCACAUCAGGGAGGCGGUGUCAGCUAUUCUAGGGGCUGUCGGAGCUGAGAACCCCCGCAAAUGGCUAAGUUUAUGUAAGGGGGUGCUGAGUCUCGCUGCGAAUAGUGAUGGACUUUCCAAACAGACUGAUAUGGCCAAAGAAGAUGAAGAGGAAGGUGACGAAGCAAGUUUCGGAGAGGUAUCCACAGCUGUAAAGAACACCAUGGCACCUCGGUGGACCACCAAACUGUUUGCUAUCCAGUGCGUCAAACAGCUCAUGAUAGCCUGCAAAGAUGUUCCACAUCACGUAGAUCUGCAGAAGGCUAGACAAAAACUCAAGGCUGAUCCGUCUGGUUCGUGUCUGGUGUUCCUGCUCUCCGACCUUGUCCGGGCCACCUUUAUCGCCAGCACCAGCUACAGCGACCAGCUGCGACGCGAGGGCCUCAGCGCGCUCCAGAUGAUUAUACACGUGUUCUGUGGUACCCUAGAUCCUGACUAUGAUAACCACGCCCUCUUGGAGCAGUACCAGGCCCAAGUGGGGGCUGCUCUGAGACCUGCCUUUGAGGACGAUACCCCUCCUGAUGUCACCAGUAUGGCUUGUCAGGUGUGUAACGCGUGGAUAAGUAGUGGUGUAUCACGUGACGCAAGUGACUUGAAGAGAAUCCAGCAGUUACUAGUAUCCUCCCUACAGAACCUCCAGACUAGUACUCAUGAGCUCAUCAUUUCCAGGUACAACGAGAGUACGUCCACUUUGUUGCGCUUGUCUGUUCUACAAGCAUGGGCAGAGGUGUACGUGCGAGCACACGAGCUCAACAAGCAGGAUAGCGCAGAGGAAGCGCUUGAUCUACUCUCCACUGUAGAGGCACACGAGAGUUACCUCUCUGAACUGUGGAUGUCUGCUAUCCGAGAUCACGCCCUUCUCGCUCUGCCGCCUUCAUUUGCCACCCAGCUGCCGCCCAACGGCGGCACUUUCUACUGUGCGGACACCAUUGACAGCUCCCGACCACACUAUAGAAGAACAUGGCCGUCUAUCCUUCACGCCGCUGCCAUGUGGCUUAACAAACAUCCGUUCAGAAAAGAGAUGGACAAGAUCACUGAUAUGACGAACGAAGAUAGACUGUUUUUAUCGAUUGGUGUAGCGAUAGAAGCACUGUGUGCUCCCUCCUCAACUCACACAAACCAGACCAUCUGCAUCUGCCUGGAGGCGUUUACUGAACUGAUAUCCUCGCCAUGGAGCCAAGCUAAGAUAGCGUAUAACCACUCAACCUGUGUGGAAUACGUCAACGUUCUGCACAGAAUUGUCCUCACUAGGUCUAAUGCUCAGAUUCACAUCCACGCUCUUAAAUGCCUGCUGCUUCUUCAGGAGUGUAGACGGAACACGGGAGAAGGAAGUGACGAUAGACUGGAACCAGGGAACUCCUUCCUCUUCGCUAACCUGGAGAUGGCAAUGUGUGUGUUGCUCCGGAGGUUCCCAGAGAUUAGCCCCACAGAUCACCCUAAAACUCCGAUCAGCAGCUACGCUUCUACUGGUGAACCACUUACAGCGAUCAAAGAGCUGAUAAGGUUGAGUAUAGACGUGAUUGUUGGUCUAGUCAGCCUUCCGACAGAUCAGUUUUAUGUUGAGGUACCCGAGGCGGCAUUCCUUCUUCUAACAGGUCUGUUCAGUGCGUGUGCAGUGAACCCCUCGGAGGAGGAGAAAGAGGAACAAGUGAAAACCUCUGACUUUGUGCUGCACGGCACCCCUUCCAUGGGACACAAGUUCUUCAGUGUAGUCCCACACAUCUCCCAAGGUCUCUGCAGCGUUAUAAAGAACAUGGAAAUAAAGGACAGUAACGACAGGAGAUGGUUAACCUGCAUCACCACCACCCUGGUGACCCUCCUCCAGACCCUGGAUCAGAAGAGUGAGCAGGCUCAUCUUGAGAGUUACGUCAGCACUCUCACAGUCCUCAUCUGCUCUGCUCCUCCACAAGCUUCUAAUGUUCAGAUUGUUUAUGAUAAAGUGUCAGCUCUUUUUUCCAAGAUGCUCGACGGAGAUAUGAACAGUCAGCUCACCUCUCUGCGUGCUUUUAAAACUCUGAUCAUGUCAUGUGACCCCGUUAUCAGAACACGUUACAUCAGAUCAGUUUCUGAGGCCUUCUUUGAGGUUUUCUUCGCUUAUCAGAAAAAGGGUACGGGGGAGGAUCUGACGCUGAUCAAGGAGAUAAUAUCUAUACAGAGAAUACUACUGACCUACUGUCUCCCUAAUACACAUAUCCAUAUGAUAAGUCUUAUAGUUCCAGUGCUGAUAUCGAUGCUGGGUACUGGUGCCGCACACGCACUGUGUCUAGCUGAAAUCACCUACCUGACUCAGACAUAUCCUGCUGAGGUCAGGAACAUGUUCUCCGAGCAACCUCAUCUCCAGCAGCGACUGGCCACUGCUAUCAGGACAUCGGCCGCCAAGGCACAAGCUCAAACAACUCAAACUCGUCUUGCUAGCAGUCCUAUAUCUACUGCUCCUAAAAUAGCCCUCAAGAUGGACUUCAGCAACUUCAAAUGAGGAAAUUAAACAAAUAUUAUAGAUUUUGUUUGGGUUAGGAACUUUGGUGCCAUGGGAGGGAAUAACACGGUUGAGCUGGCUCUACCUAUUCUGUUUUAAUUAGUGUUAAUUGUUCAGAUUUAUUUCGUCCUUCAAUUUGGUGUUGAUUAUUUAGCAAGGUUUAUGUUUUCUCGGUGGUAUAGUUUUAAAUAAUUGGAAAUAAAAUGAUAAGUGGUGACAAUUGAUAAUGGUAUAUCCGAUGAAUUUGUGUCAAAAUAAAGUACUGAUCAGUAAGUAAAAUUUCUUGUUGAUUGCAUUAAAAACGUAUAAUAUUCGUAGCUAACUGUAAACAGUAUAUAAUUUUUCCCGCCAUGUUGUAAUCAAUUCUGUAAACUUACUCAUUUCUGUGUUAUAUUGAUUUAUUAUUUGAAUUCCGUUUAAUUAUACCAAGUUAUGAUAA